CUGCUAAGAGUCCCUGUUCUCCAACGGAGAGGAGGGUAAGCCGCAGCACCCAGUCCUGUGGCUCCUUCACCAUCACCCCCUUCACCACCAGCAAGGAGAACCUCCCUGUGCUCAACACACGUAUCAUCUGCCCUGGCUUGCGGGCCGGUCUGGCUGCCUCCAUCGCUGGGAGCUCCAUCAUUAGCAAGAUGCUGCUGGCUAACAUCGACCCCUUCGGUGCCACACCCUUCAUUGACCCCGACCUCGACUCACUAGAGGGCUACAUGGAGAAAUGUGUGAUGAACAACUACUUUGGAAUCGGCCUGGAUGCCAAGAUCUCCCUGGAGUUCAACAACAAGCGAGAGGAGCAUCCAGAGAAAUGCAGGAGUCGUACCAAGAACAUGAUGUGGUAUGGUGUUUUGGGCACAAAGGAGCUUCUGCAGAGAACCUACAAGAACCUGGAGCAGAAGGUCCAGCUAGAGUGUGAUGGCCAGUACAUCCCCCUGCCUAGCCUUCAGGGGAUCGCAGUGUUAAACAUUCCUAGCUACGCAGGUGGGACCAACUUCUGGGGCGGCACCAAGGAGGAUGAUAUCUUCUGUGCCCCAUCAUUUGAUGACAAGAUCCUGGAGGUUGUGGCUGUGUUUGGGAGCAUGCAGAUGGCCGUGUCCAGAGUCAUUAAACUGCAACACCACCGCAUAGCACAGUGUCGAACAGUGAAGAUUACUAUCCUGGGUGAUGAGGGGGUUCCCAUUCAGGUGGACGGCGAGGCCUGGAUCCAGCCACCUGGAGUCAUCAAGAUCCAGCACAAGAACAGAGCUCAGAUGCUCACCAGAGACCGGGCGUUUGAGAACACACUGAAGUCAUGGGAGGACAAAUUGAAGUAUGAUAAGCCUCCUCUGCGGCCUCACCUCUACCCACAGCAGUCUGUGGAUCUGGCUACAGAGGAGGAGGCCGCCCUGGUGCAGAUGUGCGCCCGAGCUGCAGAGGAGCUCAUUACAAGGAUAUGUGAGGCUGCGAAGACCAAUGGGCUGUUAGAGCAGGAGCUGGCUCAUGCUGUUAAUGCCGCAUCUCAUGCCAUCAACAAAACACACCCCAAGUUCCCAGAGAGUCUGACGAGAAACACAGCUAUAGAGGUGGCCAGCACUGUUAAGGCUCUGUACAACGAGACAGAGUCACUUCUGUUGGGCCGAGUCUCUCUGCAACUGGACCCACCAGAGGAGGAGCAGCUGUCCAAUGCUCUGCAGAGUGUGGAGCUGGAACUGGGCAAACUGGGAGAGAUCCCCUGGCUCUACCAUAUACUGCAGCCCAAUGAUGAGGAGGAACACUCUCUGGGUUACGGCAAGAGGAACAGUCGCAGCAGCAUGUUUCGCAUAGUGCCCAAGUUCAAGAAGGAGAAGGCGGCAAAGAAGACGAGCCCUCAGUCAGGUAUGGCUGUGUCCACUUUUCCAUCAGCAGGAUGGGGAAUCAUUCAGUCUGUCCCAUCUGCUAUGGGGCUUUAACCGGGAAUAUUAUUUAUUUGUCGGCCUCAAAAUGUAUGAUGAUUGUUACUGCCUUUUAUUCAGAAGGAUGGUAGCAUCAAAUCAAAAUGCAAGGACAAAAGCUCAAAUAUUUCUGUGGCUCGACUAAUUUUAAAGUAAGUUUAAAGAUCCCCUCUAGACAUGUAUUAAGACAUAUACAAAUAAUGUGCUUGGAACAAUAAUGUGUGAAAAAAAAAAAAUUAAGAUAAAAGUUAAAAAUUAAAAAUUCUUACA